AUGAAAGUCCUAUACGAAAAGCAACUAUUGAUACAUCUUCAUCCAAAGGAGAGUUUACAACAUCUAGUCCCUCUGACAAUAUAUUUCGACGCCCAAGUUAUUAUUCAGAACUUCAGUCAGAUCCUCCCCCCCCUAAUGAGAGGACGCCACCCACGAAAAAAUUGUCGAAGCACCGGAAGUGUAUGUGGCAACUAUGUUUCGAAACAACACAUACAUAUGAUACAAUACAUUACAGAUAGUGCCUUCGACAAACUUAUGAGGCUCUACGAUAAGGACACACCCAAGUAUGUAAUACAUAAGACGACCAAUAACAAUGCAUGA